CAGACGUUAUCGUGAGCUCAACAUGGCAGUAAACUUCACUGUUUUCAGUGUUCUUUUGGCACUCCUUCAGUCGCAUUUCCUGAUUGUGUCUCCUGCAUGCCUGUCCUGCCGCAGCCCAUGGACAAGUUUUGGGAAUCAUUGUUACCUUCUUGUGACGGAUACCAAGACCUUUAAUGAAGCUGAACAGUACUGUCAGAGUUUGUCACGCCUUGGCAGACCAUCUCAUCUGGCGUCCAUUAUGAGCCAAGAGGAAAAUGAUUUCCUUGUCGAUCUUGCUACAACGAUGGACGGAGCGGUGUCUCGGUACACAUGGCUCGGCUACCGACGUGAUUUAUCCACGGGUUCCUUCGUCUGGAUCGACGGCAGCCCUGCCGGGAACUACACCAACUGGGCCCCGGGAGAACCAAAUAACUGUGGUAUAGAGGAUUGCGUCGAGAUGUAUGAUACAUCAAUGUGGAAUGACAGGAAUUGCAUUAAAUUGAGGAGAUUCAUUUGUAAAAGACCAGAAAGAUUUCCAGUUCAAAUGCGAUGAAGAUGUUGAAGGAGCUGAUGACGUCAUUACAGAAUUCCCAAAGACACCGGGGUAAUUUUUUCAUCAGACUUAAUUUUCCCCUUCAGACCAGAGUUAUUCACAAAUCCUUUCCACAUAAACAUUAAUAACCAACAGACACGUCACUU